AUGUCCACACCAUCGACGGGCCGGACGCCGGACAAGAAGAAGAAACCGCUGCCGUACUUCAUGCAGAAGUCGGAAGACUGCGCGAUGCCCUCGUUCCAGAACCGGCGCACGCUGGCGGAUCAUGUGAAGGACAAUAUGCUCUGUGCCGGACGGAAGAGCUACUUCCAGCGGAUCGUCUACGUCGGCCGGCACCCAAAGGUAACCGGGAUGACGUUGCGUGACCGCUUCCUGAAGCUGAUCAAGGAGAUACAGGAGCACACGACGAACGAGAUCAAACUGUUCGGGUUGAUGAUUAACUUCGAUGGCUACACGGUGCACAUGAUAGAGAGCGCCGAGGACACGAUCGGCGAGUACAUGCAGCACCUGGCGGCGAGUGACCUGUUUGAGGCGAGCCGCGUCGUCCUGGUGUAUAACAACAUUAACCAGCGCUUCUUCCGGAAACUGGUGUGGCGUGCGUCCGACUACCUCAACGAAUUGCCACGCACGGAGCUGGACCAGCAGGAUCCACGCCUGACACAGAACACGAUCAACGCGUUCCUGGUGAAGGUGUACCGACUGUGCAAGAUGGUCCGCGAGGAAGAGCUCGACGAGCGAUCUGCCUUCAAGUCGCUAUAUCUGGACGAAAACUACGAAGAGCACACGCCAGAUAUCACCGUGCUCGAAUACCUGCUCGGACUGGACUGCCUUUUCACGGUGCCCGAGUACGCGGCGUUCUACGGGAAGCUGCCGGAUGUUACAAGCUUCCGGGAUCGCAUCUGGCCCAUUCCCAAAGACCUCACACCGUACGAUGUGUUCGAGGCUGGAAAGUACGACGUCAAUUUAACCUUCGGCGGGAACUAA